GUGGUUUGAUAAUUCGAGCAGUAAUCUGUACCAUGAAGAAGCUGGAAGAAAUACCGGUUUCAGUGAGAAAGAAGAUUCGAUGAAGGAAGCACGCGGAACGAUUAUUUACGUUUAGACGUUGUGUACAUGUGAUUUUAGGGUUUCCUUUUUGAUGUCUGUACUGAACAGUCGCAUAUGUAUUCUAAUAUAUGUUAUAAAAUGGAUACGUUUCAUUUAGAACAAAUUUAAAUCUCACUUUAAAUCGAUAGCAGAAAUAUAAGAAGGAAGAAAGGAUAUUAAAUACGUUCAAUACUGUCGAAUUCAUUAGAAAUUUAUGGAAUAAGCGAAUGUUUUGUUUAAAGUUUAAUUUAAAGGAAUCAGUUAUCAAGCUUUCAUGGAUUCGAAUUUAUUCGCCGCUAUAAUUAACCGAUCUGCGACUUACACAACUUUCGAUGCACACUUGAAAGGAACAAGAUUCGAAGACGAACCUUCCAGAAGACGAUAUUGCAAGUGGAAGGUCAUUGCAGAUAAUACAGGGCAAACAUGGCUUCCUCGCUUGAUUUCUUUGCUGGAUGUUUGGGGGGAUGUGCCGGUAUUAUGGUGGGAUAUCCUCUGGAUACGGUUAAGGUUCACAUGCAGACUCAGGAUUGCCGUAAUCCAAAAUAUCGAGGCACCUUUGAUUGCUUGCGUACCUUACUCGCAAAAGAAUCGGUGAACGGCCUCUAUAAGGGUAUGACUUCACCAAUCGCAGGGGUGGCUGUGGUGAAUUCCAUUGUCUUCGGCGUUUACGGGUAUACUCAGCGGAACCUGUCCGAACCGGACCGAUUGUCAUCGUAUUUCCUGGCCGGUGCAUCUGCCGGGAUAGCUCAAACUCCUGUCUCAAGUCCGAUCGAGUUAGCAAAAACACGCCUGCAAUUGCAGUCUACGGGCCAAAGUAACUUUCGAGGGCCAAUGGAGUGCUUGAGGAGCAUUUACAAGCAUGAAGGUCAUCGUGGCGUCUUCAAGGGCCUAGGCAUUACGUUCCUCAGGGAAGGACCGAGUUACGGCGUGUACUUCGUGACCUACGAGAUGCUGACCAAGACGUCUUCGAAUCAACCGAUUUCGACACUUCACAUGCUGUUGGCCGGGGGACUCGCCGGUACAGCUUCCUGGGUGAUUUCUUACCCUAUCGAUGUCAUCAAGUCGCGCAUACAAGCGGAGAGUAGCAAUCGUUACUCGGGCGCUUUUGAUUGUCUCAAGAAGUCUGUACGCGCCGAAGGAUACAGUUGCUUAUACCGGGGCUUGAAUUCGACGAUCCUACGAGCGUUUCCGACGAACGCGGCGACUUUUGCCGUGGUCACUUGGACGUUCCGAUUAUUCGGUGAACAGUCAAAUGAGGCACCGAAGACGGAGGAUAUCGUGUCGAGAACGCCGACGCAGACGAAAAACCGUACGGCGAAAAGAUAUGAAUCCUUUGUUCAUAAGUGGAACGUGUCGUUUGAUGGGAUUUCGAGAAGUAACGGUUUUGUUACGCCGCCAUACUCCGUCGGGUCCAUGUUAUCUAUUAGCAGGUUGAUGCUAGAUAACACCGUCUGUCAGUUUCAUAGUUGCAGAAGAUCGGGUUGCAAGCACGACGCGCUGAAGCAGGAGAAUGCAUCCGAAAGUUGGGAGGAGAGAAAAAGAAAAUCGAGAAACGACGAAGGAGUUGAGGAGGAUGGACACAUUGAUGAAAAGAAAGACUGUAGCAACGUUAAGAUGGCUAUAGACACGUGUACUUGUAAGUUGCAACGCGUUCUUGGUGUCUCAAACCUGGAUAAUACUUGACGCUAUUAUAUAGUUGAGGACAUAACGUCUAUUUUUAAUGUAAUACAAUGUAAAAAAUGGAACAUUUAUUUAGAUAAUAAUUAAUUCAAUAAACGACGAAUGUACAUAUCACAAGCAAUGCAAGCAUAUAGAAAAUGGAUGAAUAGUUUAGCUGAGAAAUGUUUUCUUACAUCAAGAGAUGUGAAGUUGGAUUAAAGUAAAUACAUUAGGAAAAUAUAUAUUUUUAAUUCAACAAUCGAAAUAAGCAGAAAAAUGACUAUAAAUUUUAAUGCGUAUGUUGUAUAUUUGAUGCACUGGGAAAGUAGACGCUUAUAAUGAGAUUUAUAAUGGAAAGAAUAUGUUUUAAUACUCAUUCUGCUGUUUUAUUAUAGCUGUUUGAUUUAAUCGACACAUUAAAACUGAUAUGCCUUA